CUAUUUUCUAGCGUCGCUACUUAGAUGUGGCAUUAUCUUAUUGGUCCGCUUCACGUGGCCAGAUACACCAUUGGCCGAGACAACUCCACACUAUUCUCUCGAGACCGCUUUAUAAUCUCUCUGUUUCAUCUCUAAUAGAGAUCCUUGAAGCUUCGUCUCUCAGAUCCCAUCAUUUGAGCUCUGGUUUUAGUUAUGGAAGAGAUUAUGCGGAAGAUCUGGCCGCACGCCGUCUUGCUACUAGUAAUCUGCUGUUUGCUCUCUAAGCUCUGCGUUUCCUCUGAUGUCAAAUUUUACGAGUCAUUCGAUGGUUCAUUCGAGGGAAGAUGGAUAGUAUCUGACAAAGAGGAUUAUAAAGGCAUAUGGAAACAUUCCAAGAGUGAGGGGCAUGAGGAUUAUGGGCUUCUUGUGAGCGAGAAGGCUAGAAAAUAUGCUAUUGUCAAGGAACUUGAUGAGGCUGUCAAUCUCAAAGAUGAAACAGUUGUUCUCCAAUAUGAAGUUCGCUUCCAGGAAGGGCUUGAAUGUGGUGGCGCUUACAUUAAGUAUCUUCGCCCCCAAGAUGCUAAGUGGGUUGCCAAGGAAUUUGAUAAUGAGUCUCCCUAUUCUAUCAUGUUUGGGCCAGAUAAAUGUGGAGGCACUAACAAAGUUCAUUUUAUUCUGAAACACAAGAACCCAAAGACUGCGGAGUAUGUUGAACACCAUCUUAAGUUCCCACCUUCCGUACCUUCUGACAAACUAACCCAUGUUUACACUGCCAUAAUAAAACCCAACAAUGAAGUGAGCAUCUUGAUUGAUGGAGAAGAGAAAAAGAAAGCUAACUUUCUCUCUGAUGAAGACUUCGAGCCAAGUCUUAUUCCUUCAAAGACCAUUGCUGAUCCGGAUGAUAAGAUGCCAGAGGAUUGGGAUGAGAGGGAAAAGAUUCCAGAUGCAGAUGCAAAGAAACCAGAUGAUUGGGACGAGGAAGCACCCAUGGAGAUACCAGAUGAAGAAGCUAAGAAGCCUGAAGGGUGGUUGGAUGAUGAACCUGAGGAGAUUGAUGAUCCUGAAGCCACAAAACCUGAAGAUUGGGAUGAUGAAGAGGAUGGUGAGUGGGAAGCACCGAAAAUUGACAAUCCUAAAUGUCUUGAGAGCCCUGGUUGUGGGGUGUGGAGAAGACCAACAAAGCGGAACCCAGCGUACAAGGGAAAAUGGCAUGCUCCCCUUAUUGACAACCCCAAUUACAAGGGAAUCUGGAAGCCUAGAGAUAUCCCAAACCCUAAUCACUUUGAACUCGAUAGUCCCAACUUUGAACCUGUUGCUGCAGUCGGAAUUGAGAUAUGGACAAUGCAAGAUGGAAUCUUGUUUGACAACAUCUUGAUUGCUGGUGAUGAAAAAACUGCAGAAUAUUAUAGGAAGAAUGCAUGGAAGCCUAAGUUUGACGCUGAGAAGGAGAAACAAAAAGCUGAGGAAGAUUCAGAUUCUGAUGGCCUCAAAGGUUUCAAGAAAGUGAUAUUUGACCAGCUUUAUAAGUUUGCUGACCUCUCCCUCUUGGGUGAUCAUAAGAGUAAAUUAUUGGAUUUACUUGAGAAGGCGGAGAAACAACCUAACCUCACAAUUGGACUUGUCCUCUCUGUUGUAGUUAUUGUCCUAACAGCACUAUUGAAGCUUCUUUUUGGUGGAAAGAAGCAAAUGUCUCAGCAAACUAAAUCCGCUGAAGAAACCAAGAAGGGCGAUGCUGCUGGGAGCUCAAACAGUCAAGAAGAAGCUUCCGAUGAGAAGGCAGAGCAGAGUGAAGAAACAGCAGCUACUCGGCGAAGGUCCAGACGUGCGUGAUAACUAGGUGGGGAUAGGGUAGUGAAAAUGGUUAUCUUUUUGACACUUUUGAAAUCCCAGUUGCUUUCAAUGUUUUAGCGGAUCAACACCCUACAAAAUGUUAUUGUCAUUUAUUGGGUACGUUCUUUAAAUGAUGGUGUUUAUCUAUAGAUAGAGGUCAUUGGAUUUCCACCGAUGGGAAGAUAUCUUUUGGUGUGGUUGAAACCUUUCAUGGAUUUCCACCGAUGGGAAGAUAUCUUUUGGUGUGGUUAAAACCUUUCAAGGUUGGGUAUGUUUUGAAAAUGAAUACUGUAUCAGUCUGUAUCAGUCUGUUUUUAUAAUGACGGUCCUAAAUUUCACCCUUAGGCUCUUAGAGAACCUUGUUAAUUUUCCAAUGAAUUUCUUCUAUUAUUUAUGAACAAGAGUUUCCUUUUAUUCUUUUGAGGUAUUAUUAUUACUAUUAUUACGACUCAUUGUUGUCAUUCAGUUUGAUUACCAUUGCAGUUUUAUUUUUUGUUUACUACUCCUUCCGUCUAGGCAUGGCCUCGGUUCGGGCCGCCCGGCCCGCUACUGUGCGGGCCCGGCCCGGCCCGGUUUUCCGGGUCCGGGUCCGGUUCGGGCGGCCCGGGGGUGGGGCGGUUCC